AUGAAUGCUGUUACCGAACAAAACGGUAACAUUGUAGCAGAUUUAUGGAUUGCAUCGGAUGAUACUGACACGUCUGGUGCGGAGGAAAAAACACCAGGGAAAAUUGACCAGAAAAAAUCCAAAAAGCAUAAAAAACAUAAAAAGCACAAGAAGUCUAAUCGUGAUGAAAAAACGAUAAACCCAAACCGAAAAACACAAAAGAACAAGCGGAAGCAUCGCGAGGAAGAGGGCGAAAUUUCAGAUUCGGAAGAAGACAACGAAGAGACCAUUAAAAGUUCGUCUAAGAUUGACAUACGGAAGCUGGAACACGCUAUCCGUGUUAAACCCAAAGAUGACGACAAUAAGCCCAAAGACAAUGGAAAUCUGAAAGCAUCUCUUGAAAAGCGUAAAUCAUCGUUGGUGCCGGAAAUAUCAACCGAUCCGGAGCAAUUAGUCGCCAUCUUGACUCAAUCGUUGGACAAGGGCAAACCAGUUGGUGAUAAGCCAGAUGUUGUUUCGGUGGAAAGUGAUAGCGAUGGAACGGCUGUGGAGGAUGUGCCCAGUCCGGAUGUAGCUGUUAUCGAGGAUGAACUGAAUCUGGAAGAUUUGAUGCGACAAAAGGCUUUGCUGCAGGCUUGUUUAGGCGAAUUCGGCUCCGAAGAUGAAGAAGAGGAAACUGAACCUAGCGCAGGAACGACCACUAAACCAGACAAACGAAAGAAGAAAAAGGAUGAUGAUGUUAUUAUGAUUGAGGGCGACUCCAGCGCUGAAGAUGUAAACCGUCUGUUGAAGAAGGCUCGCCAACGUAGCCCACGCAGCCAUGAAGAGCGCAAAAGAAAGACUUCCGAUGCGGACAAGCGAAAUAGUCGUGGGGAGGCAGAUGCCAAGGCUCGAGCCAAGCAGCAAGAGUUAGAAAAAGAACGUACUCGCGAAGAACAUCGGCGACAGCGUGAACAAGAGGAACAUCGUAGAAUGGCCGAGGAACGAUACCAACGAGAGCGGGCAAGGGACAGAGAACGGGAACGGGAUCGGGAGCGUGAGAGAGAUCGAGAACGUGAAAGAGAUCGUGCAAGGGCGAGACAACGCGAAAGGGACCGUUCGAUGGAGAGGUAUCGUGAUCGACGAGGCUUGUCCAGAGAUCGACGAUCGAUGGAACGCGGAGGUGGGAACGGGAGAAUGUACAAUUCACGUGAUCGGUACCGUGGACGUAGCCGCAGCAGAGAUAGAGAUCGGGAUCGCGACGACCGGGGUCGUUAUGACCGCGAAAGGAACGAUCGCAAUGGAAGAGAUAGACGUGGCGGACCCGGUAAGCGACGUCCGGAGGACGAUAGGUUUAAAGAUUCGUUGAGUGAAGGCCUCAAGCAACAGAGGGAUUCUAGUAGUGACAGCGAUCUGGGCGACAUCGAUAUUGACGAUGAAGAAGAUGAGGAAAAGAUCAUCGAAAAGAGGAGAAAGCAACGCGAGGAGCUUUUAAAGAAACUUGGCGCAGGAAACGAAGACAGCAAUCCUCCACCAGAAGCGCCAAAAGUAAUUCAAACUAAAACUGAACCAAAAGUGGUCGUCACAAAGCAUGAAAGAAGCAGUAAUCACAUGAGCAAGUCACGAAAAAAAUCAGAUGAAUAUAUCAUUAUUGACAAGCCGUCUCCGAAGGAUUCCAAACAGGCGGAGAAAUCGCCCAAUGAUUCGUUGACUCCGCCCAUGCCUAUAACUAGAGUGAGUUCCGAAGACCAAAACGACUCAUUGGAGGAGGAUAAGUCCAAACAAGACAAAGACAAAUCCAACAAACGUGCCGAAUGGGACAUGUUUGCCGAACAGGAUAUCGACUCGAACUUUGAUUCACCCAGUACGGUGGUUGCUAAUAAGCAAGGCAACGAGAAUCCCGCUCUUACUGAUAACUGGGACGACGCAGAAGGAUACUAUCGGGUGCGUAUUGGUGAAGUGCUGGACAAUCGCUAUGUGGUCGCAAACUACACAGGCCAAGGCGUUUUCAGUACGGUAGUACGUGCUAGAGAUCAAGCUCGAGGAAAUGCUUUGGUAGCUGUAAAAAUUAUAAGGAACAACGAAAUUAUGCAUAAAACCGGUCUUCGUGAGUUGGAAACUUUGAAGAAACUCAAUGAUACAGAUCCAGAGGAUCGAUACCACUGUCUCAGACUGUUCCGUCAUUUUUUCCACAAACAGCAUCUCUGCAUGGUCCUAGAACCGCUCUCUAUGAAUCUACGGGAGGUACUUAAAAAGUAUGGUAAAAACGUCGGAUUACACAUCAAAGCCGUCCGCAGCUACACGCAGCAGUUAUUGUUGGCCCUGAAGCUGCUCAAAAAAUCCAACAUCCUUCACGCCGACAUCAAGCCGGACAACAUUCUGGUCAACGACAACAAUCUGGUGCUCAAGCUGUGCGAUUUUGGUUCUGCUUCGUCGGUGGCGGACAACGAUAUUACGCCGUACUUGGUAUCACGGUUCUAUCGUGCACCGGAGAUCAUUCUCGGCCUUCCGUAUGACUACGGAAUCGACAUGUGGUCCGCCGGUUGCACCAUCUAUGAAUUGUAUACUGGCAAAAUCUUAUUUAGUGGUAAAUCAAAUAAUCAAAUGCUUAAAUUUUUCAUGGAUUUAAAGGGCAAGAUACCGAACAAAAUCAUACGGAAAGGACAGUUCAAAGACCAGCACUUCGAUGCGAACUGCAACUUCCUAUCGCACGAGAUCGACAAAAUCACGGAACGGGAAAAAGUCGUCGUCGUGUCGGUAAUCAAGCCGAACCGAGAUAAACUUAUCAGAAUUUCUAAAAGAAGAAUUUAUGGGAAAGAAAAUUUGACUAAAGUUGUUUUCGGAACGAUUCGGUUAGGUUAUUACCACGAUUUGCUCUUAGCUGCUCCAAAGCUGGAAUGA